AUGUUGCGGCUGUUGCUGUGCCCCUUGAGGUACUAUGCCGGGCCGGCGGGCCAUCCGACAGGUACCCGCCUCUUCCGUCACAAGCUGACACCGCAGGAGGAGGAGAUCAUCAAAGUGUCUUUUGAAUCUUUCAGCGAGGACGGGGGCAGUCUGGGAAGUGAAGAGUCCUUGGAUGACAAGGGUGAGACCAUUCGAGUGAUCACUAUAGACUCUUUGCGGCAGGCGUUCCUUCAGAUUGACGCGUCGGGGGACAUCCAUGACGUCCAGCUCAUGAUCGAUGAUAUAGAUGCCAACAAUGAUGGCAGGAUCGACUAUGAUGAGUGGAAGGGUAUUAUGACCCGCAAGCUCCUGGGCGAAGACAGCAUGAGCUCUGCGCCGCACACAUUCGAGGUCUUGGACGAUAACAAGGAUGACUAUAUUCCUGCGGUCGAAUUGCGGUCGCUACUGAUGAAGGAGGCCAUGCUGUUCCAGAGAAUGCAUAUGGCACGUGGUUUGUGA